CCUGGGGAUCGAGGACGGGGUGGGACCAAAUGUGGUCUGUCUGUCGAGGCAGACUCCUGCGCACCUGGCAUUGUUCACCUUACCGGCUACCGGGAUUGUCGUUUCAGCGAAGAUAUUCUCUAGAACAGCAGCACCGCGACCCGGAGACUACCGGCCAUGGCCCUGCUCCUCUUAGCUGUGUUGGCCUGCAUUUCAUUCUGUACCGUCAAUGGACAAAAUCCAGUCCAAGUUCCUUAUGUUCCCGGGAUCACACCCAACAAUUUCCCUGGGAGGGUCACCUCAUCAACAUUCACCCUGAAGCUUCCGCUCUGUUAUUUCAGUCAGACUCUGGCAGGCUGCACCGCAGCUCAGUGUGAAAUCUGGCUGGUUGUGGCUCAGGGUGUAGACGAUCUAAUUUUUUUUUAUUAUUAUUUUCUCAACACAGGACAAAACAGGUUUGAUUCCGUUAAAGGAGUGCCACUGGAUUUCAAUGUGAACUCCUAUCAGGCUGCUUUAACAUCUGGAAAGAGCUUCUUUAUGACCAAGGUGGGGACUCAGCAAUCCUUUCCAUGUGAUGAACCGACUGCAAUGCAGGUGUUCAGAGUGGGGUCUGACAGCACGUGCGUGGCUGGGCCUCCAACCUGUAAUGGACCUCUUCCUGCCAAUACGGACGCCAGAGUGAAAUAUGUUCUCUAUGAUCCUAUCGCAAGCAAAAAAGUGGAAGCGGAGUCACAGUGGUCACAACCCAUCCUCCUCACAAAGGUGAAGGACCUGGUGAAUAUUGAUGAGUCGUUUGGGAAGCGCUCCGGAGCGAUGGUUGUCAUCACCACGGUACUGACCUGCUUGACCGCCUUGCUGCUGAUUGGCCUGAUCACUGCACUCGCCUUGACCUGUAGUGGCGUCGGACGGGGUAAACAGGACAUUACUGCCCCCACCCCCCUGGGCUCCCUGAGGGUGAAGAGGUACAACACCCACAACGUGCACAGCCCGACAAGCUCCACCUCCGUGCCCAACCCGAACAUCUGAGCCACCCCCUCCCAGCCAGCCAUGGAGAGAUGACGUGUACCCUACCAGCACACUGAUCAGCCAUCGCCAUUCCACCAGCCCCACCUUCCCCCUCCGUACACCGACAGGGGAGUUUAAUUAACUCAGACACAGACACCCCCCCCCCCCCCCCCCCUCCAUUUUCUUCUAACGGUGGCUCCACUAUUAAACCAGAUGAGAAGUUCAUUUAGAAUGGUUUCAUUAUCUUGUACUAUUAUUAUUACUGGAAUAUUUUAAUCUGUUCUGUGUGUUGUAUUUUGAUUCUAACCUUGUUUAACCCACACUUCUGUUUGUCCAUGUAAAAAAUAAAGAGAGUGAGGUUUC